UAAAUUUCAUUGCUCAGUGGCAAUUGAUCGCGCAACGGGAGCGGUUCUAAUUCAAACAGCUUUACGCCUGCCAAUUAAUUGCAGGAAGUUUAAUCGGACAGGAUUUUGAUUGCGAAAAAUACAGAAUUAUAUAUGGGAUGAUAUUAGAAUUUUGAAUUCUAUAACAGGAAUUAUGAAUAAAAAGGCACAGAAAUAAAAAAUCUACAAUAAAUGAUGCAGUUAAUUAAAGUUUUAAAGUUAAAAACUUUAAGUUUUAAAUGAUAAACUUCUAUAAAAUGUAUAAGUUAUAAAAAGAUGUAUAAAAUUAUUGAAAAAACAAUUAAGUUACUGUGCAAUGCAACUAAACUAAAUCGGAGAGUAAACUAAAAUGUCGGAAAAAAGGAAGGAAGCAGCAAGCAAAUCUUUCCCAAAUCGAUUAAAGCCAACUUAAAACAAUUUUCCACAUGCACUAUUAACACAAUCAUAUCCGGCCCAAAGUAAUUGAUUGGCCAAUUUAGUUGGCUUGCAUUAGUUCCCGCAUUUAAAGUGCAUGCUGCAAAUAGCUGAGAUCUAAGUUAAGUUUUAGGAGGGCAAAAUGCUUAGAAGCUGGUGGGGCAGUUUGAUUUGCCUUUUUAUUUUCUGUGAUACCGCUUUCGGCGACUUGAUUAAGGUGGACAAAAAUAUAUUGGAGGAUGCCAGCCUGAACACGCCGGAUCUGAUCAGGAAGUAUGGGUAUCCGGCGGAAACCCACAAGAUCCAGGCCAAGGACGGCUUCGUCCUUACGGCUCAUCGCAUUCCCAGGCCCGGAGGACAGCCCGUGUUGUUGGUACAUGGCCUGGGUGACAGUUCGGUGACCUUUGUGAUACUGGGCCCCCAAAGGUCCUUGGGCUACCUGCUCAGCGAUCAGGGAUACGAUGUUUGGCUACUGAACACGAGGGGCAAUCGGUAUUCACGGAAGCACAAGCGAUACCACCGAUACCAGCCGCAGUUCUGGAACUUCUCCUUCCAUGAGCUCGGGAUGUACGAUCUUCCAGCGGCCAUUGAUUAUGUCCUUGCGAGGAGCAAGGGCUUCGAUCAGCUCCACUAUGUGGGCCACUCACAGGGCACUACAUCCUUCUUUGUGAUGGGCAGUGAGAAACCGGCCUACAUGAAAAAGAUCAAACUUAUGCAGGCCCUGGCUCCGGUUGUAUAUUGGGACUACAUCGAUUCACCGAUUCUUCUCACUUUUGUAAAGUACUUGAGACCGUUGGUGUCCUUCGCCAGAACGUUUGGAAUUUACGAAUUGCCGCCGGAGAACGAGGUGUGGCGAAGUCUGAUCCAGAAGAUCUGCAGCUUCGCCUUCCAGAACACCUGCACAUACUUCAUUAUGGAAAUCAUGGGCGUGGAUUACGCCCAAUUCAACUCCACGCUCAUUCCGCUCUUAACGGGACACACACCCUCGGGAACAUCGGUUAAGUCCCUGGAUCACUAUGGCCAGCAGAUCCACAGCGGAGGAUUCUUCAAGUAUAACCACUACAGCACCUGGGAGAAUCGAAGAAACCACGGAGCCGACAACCCGCCACAGUACAAACUAACUAACGUCGACUGCAAGGUGGCACUGUACUACGGUAAAAACGAUCGCCUAGCAUCCGUCAAGGAUGUGGUUCGGUUACGUGAUAUCCUGCCAAAUGUAGUGCUCGAUUACCUAUAUCCAGAUCCUCUGUACAACCACAUCAUCUUUAUUUUGGGGAAAGACGUGAAAACCGCCAUCAACGAUCGCGUGAUAGAACUUAUGCGGAAAGUGGACAAUGGCGAAGUGUAGAGGGUCUAAAUUUAAUAUUAUACCAAUCCAAAUGUACGUAAAUAUCAAUGUCUUAAGAAGUAGGACCCCAUUUUCUGUGUUAUCUAAAUGUUUAGUUAAUUUGGUUUUUAGGAAGCUUAAGAAGCUGUUUAGUUUUACUUAGACAAAUGUACACUACUACUACAAUUAGUAAUGUUAAUAUUUUAAAAUAGCUCAAUUACAGCUUACUUUUAUACGUAAUAGUAAAUAUAGAUAAGUGGCUUAAUUACUAAUAAUCAUCAUAUAUGGCUUUCAAAUGUAAGCACCAUUUGGAAGAUAAAACGAUGUUAAUUAAAGUCAAAUCAAUUUGA